AGCUUUAUAAAGAGAUGAGAGCAGACUUUCAAAAUAAAUUUGAAGCUCAAAGAACCGCAGCCAACCCCCAUGGGCUCGCCCAACCAAAAAUCCACAAUAAAUUUGCGUAUGUUCAAGGAUUUACAACGAAGCAAAUUCAGAGUCAAAUUAAAAGUGCAGCAAAAGCUAUACAUAAAUCAAACAAAGCUCAUCAAACUCAAGGAUUUGUCUCCAAAGCAGUCGGACCAAUUGUAAAUGGUCUGUACACAGGUAAGAACGUACGUAGUGUAUAUCUUUCUAUAUCAUCACCAAUCCUGUGAUGAUGUUUGGACAAUGAACAAACAUGUCCAAUAUUGUCGACAUGUUAGGAUCGUGAAACAGCUCUACGACCCGUCAAAUUCGUACGGACCGUAUAGACAUAAGUUCACGAUCCGUAUCAACUCGUCAGCACGAUAGGUGGUCUCCCAAUUGCGGAGAGCCAAAAAUUCGUACGGACUGUACCAUUCGUACGGCAUGUAAUGCCUGUUUUCCACUUCAACCGUAUCAUACCGAAACGUAGUGCAUUUCUUUGUUUCCUGAGCAGCAGUGUGGAACUAAUGACGUCGACACAAAAGAAAAUGCUACGGUACGUUACGAUACGGUUGAAGUGGAAAACAGGCUUAAAGGUGAUUCACGACCCGACAAAUUGCAGCGAGGUGACGUUAGGGUUUUCGUAAGGAUAGGUUUGAAAGGAAAAUCAGCCUUAUGAAUGUCGAAGUAUCAGCAUUCAAGAUUUCAAGUGUAUUAAUAUAAGUAUUUAUGUAAAUGUAACGUUGGGCCACAUUUGAUUAUAUGUCCAAAGUAUUCAGGCUUGUACCAUCGUCGAAAUUAAAUCAGACAUACACCAGAUAACUUAAAUACAUAUAUUGUACGUCUUCUAAGUUCUAUGGCAUGCACGUGUAUAUAUCCGCAAUUGAUCAUCUCAAUUAUAUGGUUGUUACAGGGGUUUAUAUCGUGCUUGUAAAGGGAGCAUCCUAAGGCCUGUUUUCAGUAUACGUCGAAUUUCGGUCGCGUCGAAUGCAAUUCAAACAAUAGAUAAUGAAGCUUAAUGAGGUUUAUCAUCUCAUUAUCUGUGGUCUUACUUGCAUUCGACGCGACCAAAAUUCGACGUAUAAAACGGGCCUAAAAAGCAUUACUCAUAUUUUGCGUAACUGUGCACUAACUUUGGAGUUUCUUUGCUUACUGAACCGUAUAUAUGUCCCUUGACGUAUGGGUUAGGCGUUGUCUUCUGAACAUAUUCGCUAAAUAGUAAUGCGUGCAUGGCUAGUAUUUUCCUUAUUCAUGCCAGCGUGGCCGGUUAACCUAGAUGUUCAAUCUACAGUACAAUUAUAACGUACAGUACAGUAAAUUUUUCAACACUAUAUCACGUUACACCACGAUGAUAAGUGGGUAUAAAUGAGAUAGGUAACAAAGUUCUCGUGGGUUUGGUCGGAACUACCUGAACAAGAUUAAGAUAAAUUCGGUUUUGGAACGGCGAAGGCCAUUGUCAAGGAAAUUCAUAAACCCCCUGCCUCGUACGCCUAUGUAAUCUUUCAAGAGUAGUUUCAACCCAAAACAAGACAGCUUAUAUUUGAAUACUACCACAUAAACUGGGUCAUUUUCCACCAAAUAUAUACAUUCUGCUAUUUUUCUGCAGCUAUGUCUGUGUGGUCGGUGUAUAAACAAAUAGAUGAUUGUCAGAAGAUCACAAAUGACAUGCAAGAAACAGCGUUGAAUGCAACUGGGACAAGAGAUCAGAUUGAGAAAAUCAAGGUGACUGAAGUUCUACAACUUAUUGAAGAUAUUUACAAGCAGGUAUGGUAGACUGGUAGUUAGGGAAAGUACAUUUAUUAUGCCGAGGGGGGAUGAAGAUGUCUUGAAAAAAGCUCAUAUUUUUACAGGGCCCCUGUUGAGGUUAUUGGUAAAUUUUUGAUGCCUCUCCCCCCAGAAUUCGAAAUCGAAGGAGUACAAUCCGGAAUUCUCUUUUGAUACAACUUGCAGUUCCUCAAGAUGUCUGAUAUACUCAAGCACGUGCUUCUCCUCAACAAAAAUACCGACUUGCUGCUUCUUUCACAACACUAUUCGCCAGAUGAAAUGGCAUCACCUUUAAAAAACCGUUUUAGAAAUCAUCAACAAGUUCCUGUUGUCCAUCAUUUAGCGUAGUCAGAGUCUUGCACACAUUCAUGUAGUGGCCAGGAUUUCCUGGAUCAGGGUAAUGUGCUGGAACCCCAAGAGAAUCUGUUGCAAAUUUCUUUGCAUGCCUGUGAAAAAUGCAUGCAAAAGCGCCAGUGUGCUUCAACUUCUUUAAUUUUCUUCCCGUUUCUACUAAAUUUCCCAUGAAUAUAGAACAUAUCAUUCUUAGUCCUUUUUAUAAAUCAUAUGUUUUUUGUUUUUGGAACUGCUACUUUUUGGCGGGUAAAUUACGUCACAAACCUAGCGCCAAAAAAUUAACAAUAACCUAUAGGUGAUUUCAUGUAUCCAUUUAGAAGAGCAGACUAAGGAUAUCUUAAAACUGAAGUCGGUUUCGAAAUACAACCAUCUGGGACGUAGCAAAGUAUCUGAAGUUGGGGGGCUAUCGGAGGAUUUUACCUGAAAUUUGAAUUUCAAUGUUAAAAAUUUACCUGAAAUGUAAUAAUUAUAAUAAAGCUUUUUGUGAUUGAUUUGCGAUGUCAUACUAAAUUGUAGGAGAAAAGGGGGGUGGGGGUCCUCUCCCAGAAAAGUUUUACAUUUUUGAAGCAUUUUACCUGAAAAUGUCAAAAUUUUAACUUGAAUUUUACCUGAUUUUUGCCUAAGUUUCACAGUUGGGGGUUUUACACCCUCUUACCCCUCGCCCGGUCGCUACGUCCCUGACAAGCAUUCCUUGCGAAGAUAUAAUGACUUAAAAUUUCUAAUAAUCCGCCAUUUUGUUCUAUUUUUAGCAACAAUAUGGCGGAUUUUUCGACAUUUGUAUCGCUACAUCUUCCCGUAAAAUGGUUGUAUUUACAAAUAGAUUUCGGUUUUAAAGUACCGGCCCUUAGCCUGUUCUUCUAAAUGGAUUUAUAAAAUGACCAAUAGCUUAUUUUAGGCGCCAAGUUUGUGACGUAAUUUACCCGCCAAAAAAUAGCAAUUCCAAAAACAAAAAACAUACGAUUUGUAAGAAUAUGUUUUAUUAUUCAUGGCAAAUUUGGUAGAAACAGGAUGACAAUUUCAGAAGUUGAAGCAUAUUAGUGCUUUUGCAUGCAUUUUUUACAGGCGUGUUGCAGCAUUCUUUUACGUAUUCCAUGUGGAGCUCCCCCAUGUCAGUUAAUAGAAUAGAUGGUUUGAAAACUCAUUAGAAUAACAAUAUAACUCAUUAUCUAUGUUAGUCAACGUUUAUUCAUAAAAAUUAUUCGUGAAAAUUAUACAUUUCCAUUGUAUACUAAACAUUUUUUCCUUCCUAUCCAAUUGGUAUUUUUACCUUUGUCCAAGAACUAAUUCAUUAAAUUUUGAGUAUUAUGGUUAAGUUUGAAUGAAAAUUGGUUAAAAACUAAACAAAAGUUUGUCUUGCUUUGCUGGGCCAGGGGAAAAUAUUAAGCUGAAUGCGUAAUUACCCAUCGGUAUAAUUUAUGCCGGAUACAAAACUUAAUUCGAUAGAGGAGGUCUGUAGUCUCGGAAUGCUUUCUAAGUUCAUUAUCAGUUUCCUCCACACGCAUCUCAAAAGGUUUAACCCAGACACGGAAGCCCUCUACUUCCUCCUCUAGUAGCCAUUCCGAGUUGAUGAGUGGACUUGGGACGAGUGUUAAAAAGUGCCCAAAUUAAGAAAUGAACCAAAUCACUAAAAAGACCACCUCAACAUUAGUAAGUAUACAAAGUUUGAAGACGUUUACAUGAAUAUCCAUCGAAUAAUAAGCUUUCGAAAAGCGUGGUAUUUACUAUGAAAUGUAUUGUAAUUUUUGUUUUUGGGACGCGCGUCCCAAAAACAAUCUUUUAAUCAGUAAUUUCACGAUUUUCGAAAGCUUAUUAUUCGAAGGGUAUUCAUGUAAACGUCUUCAAACUUUGUAUACUUACUAAUUUUGAGGUGGUCUUUUUAGUUAUUUGGUUCAUUUCUUAAUUUGAGCACUUUUUAACACUCGUCCCCAGUCCACUCAUCAACUUCGGAAUGGCUAAUUUAGCAGAUACUUGCGAUAGUGCUUUUCAAGCAAUUUGAUUGGUUGCUCAGCUGCGGAUAUUCACUUCCGGACAAAAACAAAAUGGAUUCCCGUUUUCUUCCGGUUAUAGACAAGCAAAUGUUUGUACUAAAUGAAGCUGUGAUUUCGCCAAACACGAAGAAAGCCACAAAAUGUUUUUAAAUUUUCUUUCUUUUCUUUUAAAGCUAUUUCUAAUGCAUAAAAUUACUAAACGCGUGUAAAUACUGUUUUGUUUGCAACUAUUAGGCCAAUGAAAAUUGAUAUCAUGUUUCUCGUCCACAAUUUUCAAAAAUUUGGAGCGGGAUUUUUUCAUUUUUCAUUAUUUUUUGUAUUUGAAUUCUGCUUGUCAAUAAUUUCCUUGACCCAGUAAAACCCCCCAUAAAAAUCUGGAGUAUUAAAAAUUGGUGUAUAAUUCAUUUUAAUUUAAUUCGUCCUACACUACAGUCUACAGGUAUAUGUACCUCAAAAUAACCCAGUACCUCAAAACAUACACAGUCAUUUAACUUGUUAUAAGUCAGUAAAUUAACAUUGUCGCCUACAACUGACUGUUGAAUGUUAUUGAUAAGAUAUUUAUCUUUAUGGAAAACUGACGAAAGUGGGGAAAUGAUCAUAUUGUACUCCAACAGGUGGGCGGAUGGGUAUUUUUUGCUUUGUCAUAACCAGUAAAUGUUUCAUGAAACAGCUGCUAAAUGCUGUGACCCUAAAUAUAAGUUAGCACGUUUGAUCUGUUAUAACAGGCAAAUAUACAGUCAGUAUGUCUCAACACAAAAGAUUCACGAAACAGUCGUCAUUAUUGAAUAAUUGAGUGGUAUAUAGGGACCAUUAAAAACACGUUCUUUGUAUGUUUUGAGGUACAAAAUGUUGAAUACUUGUAGAUUGUACAUGAAGCUUACAAACGUUUUAAAACACAAGAAUGCAUGAAACCAAUAUUCGGCAAUAAACAAUAUCACAAAAUAAAAAGAAUUCCGAAGUAUAUCACAUAUUGUAUUGAAUGAUAAUGUCACACAAAAAGCACACAAUACUUUUAAUAACACACAACAUUGUGCUACAUGUACAGCAUAUCUAACGAAAGCCGGUACCUAUUUUUUAGAAGUUAGUUUCACGGCGUUAACAAUGACAAGAUUACCCUUCAACGCAUUGUACCCAGUGUUAGAAACAUUUUGUCUUUUUCUUGUUCACAGCAGCAGCUGGUAAUAUCAUUUCUGGUUUCUUGCCAUUUAUUUUGCAACAGGCUUUGCUGCAAAUGGAGCGUAAAAUAGAGUGACAUGAUGAGCAUUCCUUCAAGUCUGUAGCCGGACAUUUAUGUUCUUUGCACACACAUUUUCUUUUGCAUCGGUAGAAGUCCUCUUCCUCUUUUUCCUUUGCUUUCAUCUUGUCUUGCUUCAACUGCAACGUUUUUUGCUUAUCCCCGUUGAUUCUCUUGACCACUUUGAUGACCUCCUUCCCUUCCAUCGACCCAUGAACUUGUGUGACUCGUGUAGAUUUCGAUGCCUGUUUCGGCUUGAUUUUCUGAAUCGUCAAGAGACCAGGAAUAUUCUCUAACCGUAUACUUUUCUCGUCGCAAUCACGAAUGGUUUGCUGAGCCAUCUCAAACUUUGCCUUCCAGUAUGCGGCAGACCCUUUUCGAAGAUGGUUUGGUGAUGCAGGUGUGGUGGUGGAAGAAGGUGCGUUGUCUGAAGACGAGGGUGUAGGUGUGUUUUCUGACCUUUCACACUCCACAAGGUUCGCAGCUUGAACAAAUUUAUCCUGUUGCAUGUCAUUGAUAUUUAGCCCUUCUGCUGAAAUGCCAACCAUCUUUGCAGCCUUUCGAAUGAGCGUCGGCGUUGCCCAUUUAUCCCACAUGUUAGCCAAUGACAACAUAAACCCUUCUCUAUUAACUUUCAUCGUCGGUGUAAAAAGGCCGGCCUUUGCAACUUUAUACUCUAGAUGAAUGUUCCUGUUGCAUUGAUCUAAAAGUUGUGUGACCCCUGUUGUGUCUGGUGGAGAGAUGAACAGGCGGAUCUUUUUCUCAAGGCUGAACUUCAAGACUUCGUAAUCAAACCGUGAGGAAUGACCAUCACUCGUAAGAACAACAGGUCGCUCAAUGUUUUCUUUAUCAAGAUACUUGUCGAACAACUUGUAGCAAGCCAGUAGUGACGUAUGGUCCUGACACCCGUUGUCUGUCGUUGAAAUCAAUAAGUUGUCAAUCUUCUCAACGACUGUUUUUGGAGCCAUGUGAUCUGUGAUGCCUGUUGUGCCAAAAAUAACUUGGCAAACGCAAACAAACCCUGACACAGAAACCACCGGGUUAAUGGUUACAUAUUCACGGUUCUCGUUUAUCAUUCGUUUACAAGACUCACCACGUCCGGCAUAAACAAGCCCAUUUGGUGUACCAUCAACACCAUAGUUUAUGAAUUGUGGUGUCUCAUCAUGGUUAAACACUCUGCUGGUAUUGAUUUGCCCAGUCCACACCCCAGGUGCAACUUUCUUGGUGUUGGUAAAGAUGCCGGCAUCAAUUAACUCCUUCGCCAAAGCAUCAAGAUGAGAGGAAGCCAUGUCACGUGUACAGUUCAUUGCUCUAUUCAUGGUCACAGUACCCUGUCUUUUCAUUCGUAAAUCAUCAUGCUUUGCAUCCCACCUCUUCCAAAAUGAUCGACUCAACUUUUUGUUUUGAAGAGCCCUCUUAGCAUUCACUGACAGGUUAGUGUAGCGCCUUCCUCCCUUUAAUUUCUUGUUUUCAUAGUCUCGAAUCUUGAGAAUGUCUAGAAUCAAGUUUGUCAAUUGUUUCUUGUCGAUUCCUUGCAGACAACGGUUCUUAUUCUUGACAAAUCUGACAACGGACUCUUCUUCCAAGUGUGUGAGUAUACAGCAAUACUGCUUCUCACACCCAGUUACAAUUUUGCCAUCAAGUCGAUUGUCAAUUGUGCUUCUGCUGUUUAUCAAAUUGAAAAGCCCUGUCUUCAGGGCAGCAUAACCCCUUGCAUUAUUUUCUCUGCACCAUUGAACGGCAGCAUGUAGCUGGGCCUCCUUUUUCUUAAUAUUAGAGCGAGCAACUCGUGCUUCAGCACGUGUGUUUGGUCUUCCCUUUGUUGGUGCCAUGGCAAGUUACACUUUAAUCCUUCACAUUUUGGUGAAAAACAUUAUAGUUAACUGAGCCCCCAAUUUCUACAGAAUUGAUGCAUUGAAUGCAAUAUACUUCAUGUACGAAGGAGUAUAGUUGAUUAAGCAUAUCAUUAAUCCUAAAUUCAUCAUAUCACUUAACUAUAAGAUUUACCAACAGAAAAUCUAGGAUGGUUAGGUACAUAGAAGUUGAUUAUCAUGCAGUGUAUCAAGCACUUUCCUAAAAUGUGUGAAAUACAUUGUUUUCCACUUAUCCAAUUACCUUACCUUGCCAACAUCCAAUUUUCUUAUGCAUGUUUUGAGGUACAUAUAGUGCUAGCGUUGUAGUACAAUGAAUGCAAAUCAUGAGUAUACGUUUGCCGUUUUCGUACGGUCAAUGUGACAAAUUAGAUGAAUGAUAAGGGGAAAUAUCUUUGGGAGCUAGUAGUAACCAUUUUCAAAAUAUUGGUGAAAAUGUCCAUGUAUGUUUUGAGGUACAUAUUGGUAUAACAGGUCACAUUUAAACAGCAUUCAGAAGUUCGAUUUCUUAUCGUAUAAUAUUUUGACAUGCCGGGAAGAAAAUGCACCUGUUGAGAGUAUACAAUAAUACAAGAAAUAUUCCAAAAAUAUUCGUUCCUCAAAUUUUAUUCAACACGUAAAUUUUGUGUAUGUUUUGAGGUACAUAUACCUGUACAGACUACAGUAUAUUUCUUUACAUACCAGGGCUGACAUGAAAAAUAGAGGCAUUCUGGCGAGUAAUAUCUUUAGAAAGAUACAAUUUGAGUUGCGCUUGCGGAAUACAGCAAUAAGACUUUGAUCUGGAGAUGAAUUUAGUGUUUUUUAAGCUUAUUUUUCAAAAAUAAUGAAUAAUGAAAAAUUUUCGUGCGGCACAUAAAUCCCAUGCGGGCGGGGACGAGAAACAUGAUAUCAAUUCUUAUGAAAACUGUGAUACAAAUUGUUUUAAAAAAGAUUUUCGUUGUUUUUUGGUCAUUCUGUUUUGUCAUGGUCAUUUUUGUUUUGCUGUGGUAUAUGCUAGAACUCACCUCAGUGUCAGUGAAGAGUACAAGGAUAUUUACCUCAGUGUCAGUGAAGAGUACAAGGAUAUUUACCUCAGUGUCAGUGAAGAGUACAAGGAUAUUUACCUCAGUGUCAGUGAAUAGUACAAGGAUAUUCACCUCAGUGUCAGUGAAGAGUACAAGGAUAUUUACCUCAGUGUCAGUGAAUAGUACAAGGAUAUUUACCUCAGUGUCAGUGAAUAGUACAAGGAUAUUUACCUCGGUGUCAGUGAAGAGUACAAGGAUAUUCACCUCAAAACUCUGCGUUUCGGUGAAUAUCAUUGCACUAUUCACCUUCACUUUGGUGAAUAAUUGUCAAAUAUUCGCUUUGCCAUUGACAUGAAUCGAUCGGGAUGCACAUUUUAUUUUGAGGGUUUAUUUUCGCACAGCAAGGUAGGGUCACGUGACCAGUUGGUGCAAUUGACAUAUAAAUUGAGAUGUACAUAAUAAUGAACUUAGAUUCACCCAAAUUAUUUCAAUUCAAUAGACCUGGGAACCAGCAAAAGAAUUAUUGACCAACGACACGAUAUUGGAUUUAUUAGAAGGAAUCAAAAACCUUACAGUGGAAGCAAAUUUCACGGAUACCAGUCCCGCUGACACAAUUACUAGCUUCCUAGCUAACAUUGGUUCUGUAAGCUCAAGUUCAUCAGGCACACUUUCACUACAGAAGAAUCUUAUUCAAGCGUUAGACACAAUUGAAUUCCGAUUCAGAUGUAUUGCCAACAAACAGCAUGCUAUUGCAGUUGUUAUAAAUGAUUGCAAGUCUGGUCGAGAUACUCUCAAAGUCCUCCAUAGCGAAGCAGAUUUAACUUAUGAUCUCAACACUAAGUCAUGCGUUGAGAAGAAGAUCGUAGCAGAUACCACACUACAACAGCUUCAGGAUAUUAUUUCUGCUGUAGCCACAGAGAAAGGAUGGUAUGGUCACUGCCUGUUGAAUAAUAAAGCCUUGUUGUAUCGAGUUUGUUCAGAGAGAGCGAAAGGCUAUACAAAACCAGCUGAUAUUGUAGCAGUAGUUAACAAGUCCGCAUUAACUCAAGACAUGGUCUCAAACUUCGUAACGCGAUGUCCGCCACCGGAAAUCACACCAAAGAGCAAAGUAGAUACAUGUCAAUAUUACUGUCUUUACCAAACCAACAAACAAAUUGCCAAGUCUGUUGGACUACUGGAAAACCAAGUGAAAAACAUUAUACCAUCCUGUGGAAUAUGUGGUGUAGAGGAAAGCAAGAAAACACAGAUAUGUUAUUCACAUUUCUGUGAAGGAAAAAGUGCAGCUAGCAUUGAACCUGUAAUGCGCUUACCAUUACCUACUGUAACUGACGUCAUCAAUAAUUGUGUUCAGAAAUGUGUAUUGAAAGAGUCUGAAAAACACCAAGUAUGUCAACAGUUAAAAUGCAUGCAAUACAACAACAGUACAGUUGCCAGCUCAUUUAACCUUCCCCUGGCCAGUAUCGAAGAACUGAAACCACAGUGUGACAGUAUAGUACAGAAAUGUAUAAUCAGCGAUCAAGACAAGCGGUAUAUAUUAAGCAUACACUGCUUCGGUCAACGUCCUGCGAGUGAAAUACAAAUGUCUGUGGGGCUACCGUUACAGGAUGUUGAAAGUGUCAUUAAAUCACAGGUGAGCUUAAUACUAUUACAUACGUAAAAACGGCAAGUCGUAACAAACCUACAUCAGACUUGUAGAAAUGCUGUUCCAACAACUUUUCAACAGGAUGUGUUCGCACCGCUUGUUCCCAGCUUGUUGACAGUAAUGUCAACGAACCAUUGACAACUUUCUACAAGGUUGUUGACUCAACAGUCUUGCUACAAGUUGUUCCAACAACUUGUUAUUGUCGUGCAAUUCAACAACUUCACAACAAGUUGUGAGUGACAACCUUGUAGAAACUUGAUAAAAUAACAGCGUUGUUACAACUUGUUGAGAAGCUUGCUACAAGCCUGUUGGCUGUUGCGAACACAUCUUGUUGACUUAUUAAAUGUCUCCCUUUUCUCUUUAGAAAUGUGAAGAUUUCCUGAAAGAAUUUAUGUAAAGUCCAUGUACGUUUGGACACUACUAGUGUGCCAAGUUAUAUUUCUUAUUCCUACACAUUGUACACAAUAUAAUAUUUUCAAGAGGAUUAAACGUAAAUGUCAAUUCUAGUUGUGAUAUCGUUUAUGUAUGGUUGCAUGAAGAUACGAUUAAAUUUAAACCAGACAUUCAACUAUUUAACGUCGAAUUUUGGUCGCGCGUCGAAUGCAAUUAAAACAAUAGAUAAUGAGAUGAUAAACCUCAUCAAGCUAAAUAACAGCUCUUUCGUCCUAUGUAAAAAUUGAAUUGUUUAGCUAAGUUUAUAAUGCACAACAGCCUGUUGAAUUUCCAUAGCGUUUUUUUAGACACCCUGUAGAUUGGGGCAAUCUAAAUUUUACAUGCAUUCGGUUGUAAUAUACCAUUUCGUG